UGGUAGUGUCGUGGGGCAAUCCCGACGUACAAAGUUAAGUACCAAAACAAGAGCUUAGCAAGUGGCACAACACAUACCGAUGUGAUCAUUGUGGAGUACUGAUCAUGCUAGGCGGAGACACUGAAACGGACUGGAGGGAUCAGACUGGAUAUUGAUCUUCCGCUUAACCUUCACCUUUUGGAUAACCUGGAAAUUCUCAACGUGUCCUCAGCGCUUCGGAGUGUCGACAAGAGGAGCUUUAGCAAAAGGACGUGCAAAAGGAUAUACAUUUUGUGGUCAUUUUGGUCUUUUUGUCGUUACACCUGUGAACUUGGAAUAAGGGCUUUCUGGGGAUAGUAUCGGUGGUGACAAGGCUGCCCAGGAGAAGCGAAAAGCAUGGCAGCUUGGUUCACCUUUACCAUCGCAUUUAGCACGACAGUUUUACCGCAGAUAUUUGGAUCCGGUGUUUUUGAACUCGAUCUUCAAGAAUUCAAAAACAGCAGAGGUUUGCUAGCGAAUGGCAAGACAUGCAAACCUGACUGCAGGACCUUCUUCCGAGUGUGCCUUAAAAACUACCAGGUAGUUGUGUCUCCAGGUGAAUGUAUCUUUGGAAGUGCCAUUACGCCGGUGCUGGGGAAAAAUUCAUUCAGUGCAAGGGAAAGUGGCGCUUUCAGUGGACCAAUUCGACUACCUUUCAACUUUGGAUGGCCGGGGUCAUUUUCUUUAAUUAUUGAGGCAUGGUAUUCACCCUCCGCGGAUCCACCUGUAGACACAAGCAACCCUGAUUUUAUGAUUAGCUUUUUUGCAAUCCAAAGAAAGUUGGAGGUUGGGGACGAAUGGUCUCAGGAUGUUCAGACUUGGGAGCAGACGGAGUUAAGGUAUUCUUACCGGUUCAUCUGCAAUGAAAAUUACUACGGCGACAGUUGUUCCAAAAUAUGCACACCCAGGGACGACCGUUUUGGCCACUACACCUGCAACCCAGAUGGGCAGUUAUCCUGUCUCCCGGGCUGGAAGGGAGAGUACUGCGAAGAACCCAUCUGUCUUGAGGGGUGCAGUGAAGCAAACGGAAACUGCUCUAAGCCAGGAGAGUGUGUGUGCAGAGAGGGCUGGCAGGGCACAUUCUGCACUGAGUGUAAGAAAUAUCCAGCGUGCAAACACGGCACCUGUGAGCAGCCAUGGCAAUGCAACUGCAAAGAGGGCUGGGGUGGACUCUUUUGUGAUCAGGACCUGAAUUUCUGUACUCAUCACAAGCCCUGCGUGAAUGGAGCCACCUGCAUGAACACAGGACAGGGCAGUUACACCUGUACCUGUCGGCCAGGCUACACGGGGGUGAACUGCGAACUGGAGGUCAAGGAGUGCGACAGCAGCCCCUGCAGGAACGGAGGCCAAUGCACAGAUUUGCCUAAUGGAGGCUACGCGUGUACCUGCUUGAGGGGAUUCGAGGGUGAUCAUUGUGAACACAGCCUGCUUACCUGUGCUGAUUCACCCUGCUUCCACCACGGCACGUGCCACGAGAGAGAUAACGGACGGAGCUACUCCUGCGAGUGCCCGCGUGGCUACACCGGCCUGAACUGUGAGAGAAGAGUGGACAAGUGCUCCGCCGUCCCAUGUGCUAAUGGAGGGUUGUGUGUGAUCCUCGGGGAUAUUCGUAAGUGCAGUUGUCGGACAGGCUUCGCAGGACAGCACUGCGAGAUUAACAUCAACGACUGCGCGGGGCGAAUCUGCGCUAAUGGCGGUACCUGCUACGACGGCCUUAACGACUACACCUGCUCCUGCGCGCCCGGAUUCACAGGACGCAACUGUGAGCGACCCAUCUACCCAAAUUUCAACACCUGCCCCUGUCUCAAUGGGGGCUCCUGUGCCCCUGCGGUCUCCGGUGGCUCUCCCGCCUGCUUCUGCCCCUCUGGUUUCACCGGAGCCCGCUGUGAGUAUUUCGCCGUCACCCUUCCCGUGGUCCCCUCUACCAGUAAUCCCCAGGAUGGCUUCCAGUGGGCAGCUAUCUCUCUGGCUAUCGGUCUAGUGGCACUGCUGGUGCUCUGCUGCAUGGUAGUUAUUGCACUACGUCACAUUCACGGGCAGAACAGGAGAGAGAGGACACAGGGCGAAACCAUGAACAAUCUCUCAGACACACAGAGGGAUAACCUCAUUCCCACUUCACAGCUGAAGAACACCAAUAAGACAGUAGCACUAGAGGUGGACUGCACGCCAGAGAAGUCCAACUACCUUCACAAGAACUAUCAUCUGGACUACAAGUCCUCAAAAGAGUUCAAGGAAGAACAGAUGUCUGAAGAGGAUAAAAGUCACAACUACAAAAAUAGUUUAGAAGAGAAGAUGCCGCUUAGUAGAAUGUACAGUGAAAAGCCGGAGUGUAGGAUAUCAACGAUAUGUUCCCCAAGAGAUUCCAUGUACCAGUCUGUGUUUGUAAUAGCAGAGGAGAGGAGUGAAUGUGUCAUAGCAACCGAGGUAUAAACUGUGGGGCAUAAAUCAAGUUAGGAGGAACGAAAGCAAAAUAAAAACACAAUCAAGGCAGAACCUUUUUUUCUGGAUUGUUUACAAAAACAAGAGACUGGAGAUUAUUUUUCAACAUCCGCUGCUGCCCGGAAAAAGAAAAAAAGAAAACUUGAGAACUGGAGAAAGUAGAUGGCAUCUGCUCUGUGAAAGGCAAUAGUUAUACUUUGAACAUUUGUAACAAGUGUUUGUGUACAGCACUGGACGUCUUACUUUUUUUUUUUUUUUUCGUCCCUCUGAUGUGGUAUGAGUUUUUGCUGUAUGGAAAAAACGGACGACCACACUACGAGAAAAAAAAAAAAAAAAAAAGAAAAACAGCAUAUUUUGGCAGUGAGGGGCGUUCUCACGGAGUGCCCAGCCGCCCACUCGGGGUAAUCACGGACAUAUCGCCAGCCAACAAAUCGUUGGAAGAUGCCAGCGAUUUCCAAACCUUCAGCCAGCGUUGUGAGCUAUGCAAGACCGGGAAGGAG